UAUCCUACCAUCUUCCCUUCCACUCAUUCAACUGCCACCUUCUGCUAACUGAUCCACAACCAUAGGAGCAGCACCAAAGCACUGGUUGCCGCUUCCUUCAAAAAUGGCCACCGCCGGAACCGCCGUUCUUCCCAAAUCCAUCUCAGCCUUUCCCACCAAUCCAACUUCUUCAACCCAUUUCCCCAAUCUCUGCUUCUCCGACCACAACCAUCUCCCCACCAAACCCAGAAAACCUAGCCGCGGCCUCCUCCUCCACCGCCCAAAUGCCAAGAAGAACCCCUGGCUCGACCCCUUCGACGACGGCGACGACCCCGACUUGGAGUACGGAUCGCUGUUCGCCGACGGGAAGCAGGAAGAAGAUCCCAGGCCACCCGACAACCCCAAAAAUCCGUACGGAUUCCUCAAGUUCCCGAUGGGGUACAACGUGGAGAUCGCUUCCCUGGGGCUGAAGAUCAGGGGCGACGUUCGGCGAUGCUGCUGCGUCAUCUCGGGUGGCGUGUACGAGAACUUGCUGUUUUUCCCGGCCAUUCAGUUGAUUAAGGACCGGUACCCCGGGGUUCAGGUGGAUGUGGUGGCGUCGGCCAGAGGAAAGCAGAGCUACGAGCUGAACAAGAAUGUGAGGUGGGCUGAUGUUUACGAAACGGACAAUGACUUCCCCGACCCAUCUGAGUACACUGACAUGGUCGGACUAAUGAAGAGUAGGUAUUACGAUAUGAUCCUAUCAACCAAACUGGCGGGGCUCGGCCAUGCUGCAUUCUUGUUCAUGUCAACCGCCCGAGAUAGAGUCAGCUACGUAUACCCAAACGUAAAUGCUGCCGGAGCCGGAUUGCUUCUAUCGGAAACAUUCGUUCCGCCCAGCAUGAACCUUUCCGAGGGCGGAUACAACAUGUAUCACCAGAUGCUCGAUUGGCUGGGAAGGCCGGCUCGGAACGUGCCUAGGCAUCCUGUGCCGCCGCUCAAGGUGUCGAUUUCCAGGAAGCUGAGAGGGGUUGUAGAGGCCAAGUACAAGAACGCCGGAGCGGAGAAAGGAAAAUUUGUGGUGAUCCAUGGCAUACAAUUCGAUUCGAAAGCUUCGAUGCAGUCCAGGGGAGACGCCGAUAGCUUGCUGCCGAUCCAAGCUUGGGCUGAGAUUGCCGAGGCAAUAAGGGGAGCGAGGCCGGUUUUCGUGAUCCCGCACGAGAAAGAGAGGGAAGAUGUCGAGGACGUUGUCGGAGACGACGCCAGUAUCGUUUUCAUCACUACUCCGGGCCAGCUGGCUGCUCUGAUCAAUGACUCCAUGGGAGUAAUAGCGACGAACACUGCGGCCAUUCAACUUGCGCAAGCGCGCGACAAGCCCUGCAUCGCUUUGUUUUCAUCCGCGGAGAAGGGGAAACUGUUUGUGCCGGACGCAGAAGAGAAAAAAUGCACGAUUGUUUCGUCGAAGACGGGGAAGCUGAUCGACACCGACAUUGAAGCUGUUAAGAACGCGAUCAAGAUUUUUGACAGGCCCCUGGCUCUUGUCUAGAGGACGACUGCUAUUUUGUUAACUUUUCUUUUUCUUUGCACCACUGCAAAUCCAAGCCAAAGCCAUAUAAGCAUUGAUUUCUUUCCUAAUUGGUAGCUUCUCUCUCCA